AUGACAUCACAUGUAGAUCCUCAACGCAUGCCAGAUGAACACAAGGUCAAGUCAGAGUCCAGACUCAAUGUAUCGAUGUCAAAACUGUUCGAGAUAGAAAUAGAUACUUUUGCUAGUAACAAGGGAUAUCCGCCCUCAGGAACGCGGAUGAAGCCAGAUAUUCCGGACCGCUCCCGAACCUCUUCCCGUUCCUAUUACACUGUGCAGACAAGACUUGGAUUCUUGACCCGUCCAUCUUUCAAUCUAAACCCCUUGCAACUAAUAUCCACAAAUCCACGUGUACAUCCAUCCGAUGAACCUCGAUCUCUCACGGUAGAGCAGGCAUGGCAAUUCCAAGAAAUCGAUUAG